AUGUAAGCGCGGACAAUAAUUUCCUUUUCAAAUAUCUAUCGUAUCGAUCAACAAUAUCGAUUCUUGCUUGAUAUAUAUCGAUAUUCACUUUACGAUUCAUUUCGAUUCAGAUUCAAAGUUCUAUGCUACUUUGGUUAGGAAGCAUGUUUGUGAAAUUAGUUUCGUACAGUUUUAUAUUUUAUUUAUAACACACGAUUUAUUUGAGACAUGUAAAAUAAAUAAUUAAUUUCUGAGUUUCAAAAUUUCUUGUAUAAAUACUAAUUUGAUUUGAGUUUUAUGUGUUGUUUGUACAUAUGAUAAAUUUUCUAACCAUUAAAUAUAUUAAUUUUGUGACGUGAUACAACAGAGGAUAUAUAUAUAUUUUGUAUUUAAAUUAAAUUAAAUUAUUAAAAAUGUAUCCUAUGGAUUUAACAAAGACGAUCCCACCUGACAGUGAAAAUAAAAGUGUGUUUUUUAAUGACGGCGACCUAGACAAGAUCGCUAUAUUCCUUGUUGGAAGUCAACAACGUUUUAGAGAAAAUAUCAUAAUUCCCAGAACACUGGGACCUGUACAAAUAAAAACGAUUGAAGAAAAGAGGAUAGAAAGUGCAAUGGAAAGUUGUGCGUUUAAAAGCAUCAUGAGUUGUGUCCUAGGCUAUGGUUUAGGAGCAGCUAUUGGACUAUUCUCUUCUAGUGUAAAUCCUAAUAUAGCGAGUGUUGAAAAGCAACAAAGUGCGAGAGAAAUAUUAAAAGAGAUGAAAACUACAACACUUGGUUAUGCAAAAAAUUUUGCAGUUGUUGGAUGUUUAUUUUCUGCCAUUGAAUGCACGAUAGAAUCGUAUAGAGGUAAAACUGAUUGGAAAAAUGGCACAUAUGCAGGAGGUUUAACAGGUGGUUUAAUUGGUUUAAGAGCUGGUAUAAAAGCAGGUAUAGUUGGUGCUGCAGGUUUUGCAGCAUUCUCAACAGCGAUAGACUAUUACAUGCAUAGAUCUUAAAUUACACAAUUUAAGUUGGUUAGAAUAUAUAUUUAUAUAAAAAAGAUAUAUAAAAGUUUGUGUAUAUGUAGUUAUGUAUCUGUACAAAAAUUGUAAAAACAAAUAUUUCAAAUGUAAAAAUGCUCACAAAUUUAAUAUCAUGUGACUGCAGAAUUGGAGGCGUAAAAUACAUCGCUUUUAACAUUUA